AUGCUGCAACCCAGACUGCGGCCGCUGGUGUCCUGCCAGGCCAGGAUAUCUCGAUCCAUCCUCUCUCACUUGACCAAGAGGACAUAUGCGACUCCGGUAGAACCUGCGCGCCACGAUGCCGCCUCGUCAGCACCGAUCACUGGCGGCUUCUCUAACAUGGCCAGUCGAACCACCGACUCCUCCUCGUCCGUCAUCAUGCGCACCUACAAGCCCCGAACUCCCGGUGUGCGCCAUCUGAAGCGGCCCAUUAAUGACCAUCUCUGGAAGGGCCGUCCCUUUCUGCCGCUUACCUACACCAAGAAGGGUCACGGAAAGGGCGGCCGAAACAAUCAGGGAAAGAUCACUGUCAGGCAUCGCGGAGGUGGUGCGAAGCGGAGGAUCCGCACCGUCGACUUCGAGCGUUGGGCUCCUGGACCGCAUCUGGUCGAGCGCAUCGAGCACGACCCUGGCCGCAGCGCGCAUAUUGCCCUGGUCACCGACCAAGCUACUGGCAGGAAGUCGUAUAUUGUUGCUGCCGAGGGCAUGAGGGCAGGAGACAUCGUCCAGAGCUAUCGAUCUGGUAUCCCCCAAGAUCUUCUCGAUGCCAUGGGUGGCAUCAUUGAUCCCGGUAUUCUGGCUGCCAAGACUGCUUGGAGAGGCAACUGUCUGCCAUUGCACAUGGUACCCAUUGGCACUAUGGUCUACAAUGUAGGCUCGCAUGGCGACAAGGGCGCCAAGUUCUGCCGCAGUGCCGGCACCUAUGCUAUCGUGACCGCCAAGGACGAGAAGACGAGGGAUGACGGUACCAAGGAAGUGGUGGGCAAGUUCAUCCAAGUCCGUCUCCAGAGCGGUGAAGUGCGCAAGGUGAGCAAGGAUGCGUGCGCCACUAUUGGUGUAGCUAGCAACCCGCAUCACCAGUACAGGCAGCUCGGUAAGGCUGGUAGGAGUCGAUGGCUGAACAUCCGGCCCACUGUCAGAGGUGUGGCUAUGAACACAAAUGACCAUCCUCACGGUGGUGGUCGUGGUAAAUCCAAGGGUAACAGGCACCCUACCAGUCCCUGGGGCACACCGGCCAAAGGUGGUUACAAGACGAGGAGGAAGCACAACAUCAACAAGUAUGUUGUUGUUCCUCGCGAGCGCAACAUGGGCAAGCGCAGAAGCAAGAACUCUUCGGCAUAA